CCUUGGCUGGCGUCUGUCUGCUGUGGAUUGAUAUCGCCGGUGUUGUUUACCGCAACUAAAAUAUCAUAGAUUUUGGUGAUAUUUACUUCAAAUAAGUGUUAUAUUACUCUACACUCAUAAGAAUUUAUGCAAACAUAAAAGAAAACGCCCAAUUACAAGAUGUCGAAGGUAGAUCCUGAUAUACCGAUCAACUUGGGGCAAAAAAGAAAGCUGUACAAUGAAUGUGUGCAAUAUUGGAUCAAUACCGAUACGCCGAUUAUAUCAGAGUAUAUUUUAGGUGAAGACGUUGACAAAUUAAUGAAAAUUGAUAUAGCUUGUGCGAAACAAGAUGUCCCCUUUGUAUUAAAAGCAUUAACAGACGAAGACAUUUUGUAUGUAUCUCGAACCAUCAAAAAGAGCACAUGGAUUAUCACGGAUAAAAAUUAUGCAAACAUUAUAAAUCCUGAAUAUUUAAAAACUGAACUAUUACCUAAAAUGACAGUAAAAGCCGCAAGCAAAUUAAUGAAAUAUAUAAGGCUACACCUGAAAGAUGAAACUAGAGCUGAAUCAUUUUACAAAAGUGAAAAGAGUAUUGAAUAUGCUUCGAAAUGGUUACCUUAUUGUUCAGUGCCUUUCAUAGAAAAAGAAUUAGUAAAACCUGGACAUAACAUAGGAACUAACCUUUUUAAACGCCUGAGUGAAAAAUCGACAAGACUAUGGACAAUUUUAAUGAGACACAAAGAUUUAAAACCCCUAAAACGUGAAGCGUUCAAGUCUACACUUUUUAUAUUGUACAAAGAUACAGAUCAGUUUUUGGAUAUUAUAGAAGAAUCUGAAAGCUACGAAAUUUCAGGACUUGGAAUUAAAGGCACGCAAAUAAUCAUGAAAAGGAACUACCAUAGAGUGCUCGAUAAACUCAGUGUAUACUUAAAUAUUAUUGACUUGCCAACAUUCGCUAAAUGCCUUCAGACAGUGGAAGUCAUAGAUGUUUUAUACAAAAUUGUAGAAGAAUGUAGCAAAAAUAAUUAUAGGUAUUACAUUAAACAUAACAUUUUUAAUUUCUCAAGUAUGAGGUGCUUUAUCCAACAAAUGCCCAUUGAUGAUCAAUACAAAUUUGUAAAAGAAGUGUUUAUCGAUAAAAUACAUGAAAACAAAACUAGUGACGAAGUUGGAGUAAAUAACAUGGCUAAACUAUAUUCCAUGUGUAAACCACAUAUAGACAACGACUACGUUUGGUAUCAAUUUGCAACAUUCGAGGAAGCCUUUGUUGCAAUUACAGAGCGCAUCCAAAAGGAAACUAGACAAUUUGAAAGAACAUCCAUGUUAAAAACUCUAUUGGAUUGUGCUAAGUCGAAUACUAAAAACAUAAUAGAAGUACUUAAACAUUUCUUUGAUAAACACAUUAACGAUAAAUUAAUAGAUAAAGAAGAUUUCGUCGUACAUAUUCUUAUAUCAAAAAAACCUAUUCAUAAGUAUGACAAAAACACUUGGGCUAUUUUACAUGAAAUAUUUGAAAAAAUGGAUGUUUACAAAGAACAAAGAGAGGUUUCAGCUAAUAUAAUUGAAGCUAUUAUAGUAUACAAUAGCAUUCAUGAUAUAGAAAUCCCGAAAAUGAUUGAAAAUAAAUUCGUUUUUAAUACUUUAAAAAAUUACGAAAUUCAAAUGAAUCAAUAUGAUAAAGACAAAUUAUUUACAUACCUAUACAAUUACAAUAUAACUAAACUUGAAACUUGCAGUAGUGAAGAUCAGCAGAAAUUUAAAGAGCGGGUUGAUAUGGUUUACAAUAUCUUAAAAACGUUGAAAGAUUGGAAGAAGAAUAUAACUGAUUAUCCAUUAGUUCUAGAUAAAAUCAGAGAGUGUAUUCAAAUAAGAAGCAAAAAUAAAUGGAAUACUAACCUUUCCAAGUUAUAUAAUAUACAUAAAUCGUGGAAAAAAUAUAUGUUUGAAGAAUCUAUGAAAUUAAACCCCUCUGAACAGGUUUGUUUAAAUGCUUUGAAACACGAUGCUGGACUUCUAAAACGAAAUGAAACUGAAAUUCUCAAACUGAGCCGCAAUGAUAAAGUUUCUUUGUGUCGCUUAUUGAACAAAAUUAAAAUUUUUUGGUGUAACACGCUAGCUAAAGAAUGGGGAGAUGAAUACAAGAAUAGAAUAAAAGAAAAUGACGGAUCUCCGGCAGUGGUGCGUGGUCUAUGUGCUGUUCUACCACGAAAUCAGCUAAUUGAUAUUAUUAAAGAAUACGCUCCUAAAAGACCUGAAAUUAAUUGGACAGAAACAGACAACUUUCAAGUUUUCUUUCAAAGAAACUUAGCUAAAAACAUGCACAUAUCGAGACCACAGCCCUCUCCUGAUUCCAUAUUGCUGUAUGCUAAAGGAGAUUACCUGCAAUACGCACUUCCGUCCGUUCUCGCAAUAUUUUAUAACUUAAGCCCAAUAAAAACACGCGAGUACAUACCAAGAUUAUUCGACGCCCCGGUGUCUCUACAAAAACACGGUUUACGUUUGGCUGUAACGAAAAUACCCCUUGAGAAUAUCAUUGAUAUUUUCAACAACACAUGGAGGACGACGAAAAACGUUACAAUUCGAGCAGUUAUAUUUAAACUAACAUUUACACUCCUGUCUAAAGAAACAGACACUGGUAAAGUAAAUCAACUUUGGAAUUUCUUAAAAACAAUUAUAGACAAUUUAUCAUUUGAAGAGGACAGCAAUGUUUUCGAAUUACUGGGUGAAGCAGAAGACAUACCGGUAACAGUAAGAGCUCAAUUCGUGGAAAAGAGUUACAUUAUCUUAAAGAAAAUAUUACAAUCAAAAAGUGUUGACGAUAGAAAACAUAUUGAAAAUAUAAUAAAGAGUAAUUUAAUGGCUGCUGAAAAAAUAAUGGACCAGAUAUGUCCAAACUUUAUGACUAAACUUUUACUGGAAUACAUUGAAGAAUUGAACGUCAUGUCUACAGAAAAAAUCUUACACAAAAAUAUGAAGAUUAAGUUGCUGGCAAAAUUUUUAUUAGUGAGCAACACAGAAGGGGAACAAAUUGAGAAAUUCAAUGCCGUAUGCAAACCCUUCAUUAAAUGUUCCCAAAUGUCGUGCCACAAGACGCUAAUCCCGCGACUACAAUUGUUCCUACGCCAAAAUUUGGUAAACGUAAUUGAGGCUGGAAUGGUGUUCCCUGAUGUAAUGUUUUCACAGUUGCACACCGAAUCGAGCGCUAUAUUGUCCAUUGCGGAAAAUUACAUAAUAUUAACUGAGAUGAAACUUUAUACCGCCUUAUUUAAAAUAUUGAAAGAUACAGAGAAAGGCGAUUUGAACAAAAUGAUAAAUCAAGCAGCGUGCGAGUUUGGCAUUACGUGUGUUAAUUAUUUACGCGAAGAUAUUGAUAAACACUUCCCUUUAAUUCACAGUUUAUUUGCUAAAGCUUUGAAUAACGUUUACCAAUCAUUCAAAUCUAUAGAAAAUAAAGAAAACAGUGUCAGAAACAAUUUGUGCAGUAGUAUACUUGAAAACAAGGAAUUCAUACCAGCGUAUCUAGUUGCAUUGAAGCUAUACUUCUCAAAUACACGUAAUGAGAUAAAAACGCACCAUCAACAAGAAAACAAAAAUUUAUUAGAGCUCAUUUUGGAUAAUAAGUCUGUUGAAGUAAGGAUGCACUACAACUUUAAUAUGCGCUUGGCAUAUUGAAGUAUUUUAAAUGAUUCGAAAAAAUAUACUAAAAGUUUGUCAAAUAAAAUAUUCUCACAUACUAACUAUUAUAAGUAUCUACAGAAAUUAUGGCAUACAAUUUUAUAAUAAAAAAACGUUGUCGAGUUUGCAUUACUCAACAUAAGUGUGACAGCACAUUAUGCUAAUGCCAGAGUAGAUGAGAUUAUGGAUUUUGGCCAUUACACUUGACAAAAGCCUCACGACACGACGCACUGUGAUUUAGCCCCACUAGUCUGCAUAAGUAUUAGUUGAUGAAUCUUUUAGAACAUCCGAGUUUAGAUAUAUAUAAUAAUAAUAAAAAUCGUUUAUUUCCUCAAUUUAUCAAAGAUAUAUGAUAUAGAUAUGUCAGACUAGUUUUAACCCCUAAAUGUUAGGCCAACUUGCAGGUCUAUUCGGCUAUCUAAGCUUCGUACGGCGACGUGUCAACCCUAGGUGGAGUGGAAUCUAAUAGUAGUCACCUCAGUGCCAGGUGAAAAUUUAUUUUGUACGGAAAAAUAUAUUUCUGCUAGCGUUGUUUGCAGCUGAGAAAUUUUGAACUUUUAAUCGGAGACAUUAUUGUGCAUGCGGCGAAAAUGUAAUUUGUUUCCGGAUUUCUAGUUAUGCGCUUUCCACUGGAGUAAGCUUUUGUAAAAUACUUUCAUACUGGGGUUACGCUGCACACACUUUUUUCGAAGCUUUUUGUAAAUGUGUUUAAUGAAAGUUAAUUAAGUAGUAAACAA